AUGGCGCCUUCAAUCGCAACUCUCGAUCAUGGCUCUUCUAUCGUACCCAUCAAUGGCUUCAAGUUACCCAAGAGACCUCCCCCUCAGAUCCCACAACAAUUCGUCGAUCUUCCACUUACCCUUGGUGAACCUCAUAUUCUUGAGGCCGCAAACUCCCAAUACUUGGAAUACUUGGAUCCAGAAUUGGCUCGGAUUCUUGACAUCGAGGCGGUUCUCGUUGCGUGUUGGUUGGUCGUGGUACAUGGCUUCUCUCCUGUGAGAACCAUGUACCUGGAGUUCCAUCCGGAGUCAAAUUUGUGCUAUAUAGAUGGCAAAUCCCAGGGGCUUGAUUCGUACGCUCUUGAAUUUUCCUCGGAGCGUCCAUUGAAGGAUCUCGUUCGGGAUUUCUGUCUUAUCAAGGCGGGCAUCAAGUCGACCAGCCCUGACGAAGGAUGGGCUUCCGAUGAGAGGACUCACUUUCUCAACUCGGCUGUCCGCUAUGCUGGUGACCGUCCCAACCUGCAAAAGGCACCUUUGUCUGCCAACUCAAAGAUCCCCAAUCCAAAGCUGAUGCUUAAUGUCACGAAUGACAAUGGUAAGCUGCACGCGAGUCUGGCUUUCUCAUCGCCUGAGAUGUCCAAAGAAUUCGCAACAAGCCUUCUCCACUCCUUGAACAAGGUCGUCGCAUCCAUAUACCGGGAGGUUUCCGACUCCAACGAGGUGUUGUUACAUGAUAUGGCAUUGGAGCAUGCGCGACUGACCCCGGAUGCUCCUGCAAUCUGUUCAUGGGAUGGAAACUACACCUAUAAAGAGUUGGAUGAUCUCACCUCUCGUCUUGCUCUUUACCUGACCAAUAUCGGGGUCGGUCCCGAAACCUUCGUGCUGAGUUGUUUCGAAAAGUCAUCUUUGGCAAUUAUUGCCCGUCUGGCUGUAUUGAAAGCCGGUGGGGCGUAUAUAUCCAUCGACGCUAGCGACCCUCCCAUCUUCCUCGACUCAGUUAUCAACCGCGUCAACGCGAAAGUCAUGCUCACAUCCCCUGAAUACGCAUCGAAAUAUGCUUCACUCCUUUCAAACGUCAUCUCGAUUACGGGGGACAUGCUAAAAGAGCUUCCCACGGGAACAGUCUCCUCUACAGUCCAACCACAAAAUGCCUGUCUGAUUCUAUUCACCUCCGGGAGCACGGGUCAGCCCAAGGGUAUCAUCCAGGAACAUCGGUCUUACGCCACAGCAAUCCGCGAUUACAACAAAGUCCUCGGUCUAGGCCGACACAGCCGAGUAUUCCAGUUCGAUGACUAUGCAUUCGACAUCAGUAAUAACGAUUACCUGACAGCUCUGGCAGCCGGAGGCUGUUGUUGCGUCCCCACACCCGAGAAAACCAUACGCGCCCUCAUUGAAAACAUCAACAUCACAAACGCCAACAUGAGCUUCAUGACCCCAACAAUCGCCAUCCAACUCAGCCACAAAGACGUCCCAUGUCUAGAGCUCCUUUGUGUCGGCGGCGAACCCAUGUCAAACGAUCUCCUCAUGAAAUGGUCACCUCACGUCAAGCUCGUAAAUCAGUACGGAAUGGGCGAGGCGGCUACCUUCUGCGCAUACAACGACAGCCCAAAGCCAGGCCACAACGCCGUUGUCGGUAAAUCCGGCAGCGGUGCCAUCUGGAUUGCGAAUCCGUCCUCGCCUGAGCGGCCUGUGCCUGUCGGCGCUGUUGGCGAGAUCUUAAUUGAAGGUCCACAUCUCUCCCGUGGGUAUUUGGAUGAUCUCUGCCAGAAACCAGAUGUGGGAUUCCUCAACACAGUGCCCCGGUGGAUUGCGGAUCUCCAUCCGUCGCGCGCACAAACCUCUCGUAUCUACCGGUCUGGUGAUCUCGGCCGCUAUCGUCAUGAUGGAACGGUGGAGCACAUGGGUCGGAAGGAUACACUUCUUAAACUUAACGGUGGUCGUGUUGAGUCGACUGAAGUCGAGUACGUCCUUCGGAAGACUCUUUCACCGGGCGACUUCACCGUCGUCGAUAUGCUUGGCGAGAUUGACGGUACCGAUGACCCUAUUCUAGUGGCCUUCGUUUAUCUGGCGGAUAACCCGGCAAACCUCAUUCCUGGAAUUUCAGACCAUGAAAUGUCGUUCCUUCCCAUAACGAAUCGUGUCCGCGUAAAUAGUCUGGUUCAGGCGAUGCAGAAGGAAGUGGAUACCACGUUGCCAAAACACAUGAUGCCCAGCUUGUUUCUCCUUGUCGACCGAAUCCCCCGUACGAGGUCUAACAAGCUUGAUCGCAGAAAGUUGCAUCAAAUCGCCCAAAAGUGGUAUAUGGGAAAUCAACGUUUGUAA